AUGUCACCACCAACAACAGGGCCGUUGCCCGACGACAAGAAACUCGCCGAAGAAGAGCAAAUCGCCAUGAAAAAGCUCGACUCAAUCACUCCAGGCGAAGUCGUCGAGCUUGACGCUACAGAAACAUUUCUGCGCCAACAUAACUUCACAAAUGAGUACAUCGGCGAACUGUUGACCGACACGGAACUCAACAAGAAGCUCAUCCGCAAGGUCGACAUGAUCCUCCUCCCCAUGUUGAUGGGGACAUACAUGCUUCAAUACAUUGAUAAGAAUGCGCUUUCAUAUGCUGCCGUGUUCGACUUGUUCACAGACACGGGAAUCUCAUCGGAUCAAUAUUCUUGGUUCGCUAGCAUCUUCUACUUUGCGUACAUGGCUGCCGAGUACCCGUGGUUGUUUCUGGCGCAGAAAACGCGUAUGGCAAAGGUUGUUAGCGGCUGUGUUAUUGCAUGGGGAAGUGUGUUAUUGUUAACUGCUGCGGGAAAUAACUUUGGUUCGUUGGCAACGUGUAGAUUCUUUCUUGGUGUCUUUGAGGCGCCCAUCACGACGUGUUUUAUGAUGAUUGUUUCUAUGUGGUACACACGAGAGCAGCAGCCAUUCAGAGCUGGUAUUUUCUACUGUUGUAAUGGGGUAGGAGCUAUGCUCGGCGGCAUUCUUACCUACGGUAUCGGCCAGAUCAAGAACUUUCCCGUUUGGAAGGCUGUUUUCAUGACCUGUGGCGGAAUGACAGUCGUCUGGGGUUUCGUUCUACUCUUCUUCCUCCCUGACAGCAUUAUGUCAGCCCGCCAUUUUACCCUCGAAGAACGAGCCCUGCUCAUCGGCCGUGGCCGUCUUGCUCGAACUGGUGUUUUAAACAAGACCAUCAAGUGGAACCAGAUCCGCGAAGCUUUUAUCGAUCCUCAAGUCUGGCUUCUUGUUUUGUUCAUGCUCCUCAACGAAACCAUCAAUGGAGGCAUUGCCAACUUCGGCAAGCUCAUCAUUAAGGGUGUUGUCAAGGAUCCCCUUGAGACCGUCGCUCUCGGUAUCCCAAUGGGCGCUUUCCAAGUCAUUUACAUCCUUUCUGGCACCUUCCUGGCUUCGCGCAUCAAGAACUGCCGUACCAUCAUCAUGGCUGUCUACCUUAUCCCCACCAUGAUUGGAGUCUGUCUUCUCUGGAAGCUUGAUCGUGAACACCACAAGAUCGGCGUACUUUUCGGUUAUUACAUUAUCGGCGCCUUUGUUUGUUCUUUGGUCCUCGCGAUGCAGAUGCCCGCUAGCAAUCUCGGUGGCUACACCAAGCGUAUCACAGCUUCAGCAAUGGUCUUCAUCGCCUACUGCGUCGGCAACGUCAUUGGUCCUCACGCUUUCUUGGGCUCUGAGGCCCCCUUGUAUCCAUCCGGAUGCAUUACGAUUCUCAGCUGCUCGGUUGCUCAGAUGGUCGUCGCAAUUAUGCUUCGAGUACUCCUGUCCAGGCGAAACGCACGAAGAGACGCAGCCGCUGCGGCUGUUGGGAUGAAUAAUGAGGAUCUCUCUGAAAUGGAUGGAGCUGACUUGACAGAUUUCGAGAAUCCUCAUUUCCGCUACGUGCUAUAA